UGACAUUUGUGCUUCAUCCUGCAGGGCAUCAACUGGGCAAGUGUGGAACAAAAAGCCAUCGAUAUGCCAUACCUGCCACGUGUUAAUGACAAGGCGCAUGUCGACGCCGUUCAGGAUAUCCCGGAGAGUGACAGAUUUACUAAGAAUGAGAAAUUUACGCUGAAGAGACAAGAGAGACUGUGUGACUGUACUACUCCUGCUCCUGGCUGCCAUCUGCACGCCCACAGCAGAUCAGAGCAAGUGGAGUGCCCAGGACAAGCGGAUAAUGGAGAUCGAGUAAUGCCAAUUAAUGGAGAUGUUCGUGAUGAAGGGUUGCGAACUGUAGAAACACAAUCAGUGAAAUCGCAAAGUGGAAAAGAGGAGGGAAACAUAGAGACCAACAACUACAUAAUUAAUAGUUCCCCAUGACAGUCUCAUGCUUCAGUUGUAAUUAUUUAAUUUGCUUUCUCCUGAACUAAUUUCACACCACAGACCAUAAUUAUUUGUGCUCAAUCGACACUGAACGACAAAUGUCUGAAAAAAUAAACGCUCCCGAUCAGAGGUGGGUAUGAAGAUGGUGGCCUUCUGGGAUAUUACGCUGUGGAGUCUCACUGGUGUUGAUUGGUUCAGGAGUGUGUAAUGCUGUGCGUGGGAAACAGACUGCUGGAAUAGGAGCAGGCUAAACCAGGUCAGAACAUGGCCAGACCGCUGGAUGAGGGAAGGGUGAAUCAAGGUUAGGGCAGACAAGAGCGAGGUUGUGGUCACCCCCUUUGUCGCACUCGCUCCUUUUCCUGCUGUCUUCAUCUCGAACCUCCCUCCUCAACCAUCAGUCUGACCUGCUCCUGUUCUCUGCACAUGGAAAUGUCAGUCAGCAUCUACAAGACUACACGGUGCAAUUUCCGGAAUGCGGUGUCUUCAACGGAAGUCUUUCUUGUAUCCAUAGUAUGAGGACUGCUCAGAAAUGAUUGCGGCUUACCUGGAGUGUUAGCUGAUAAUGACAGCUGCAUAAUCAUGAGUCCAGUCAUCAUUUCUUUGCUGUGCGUUAAACUUUUGAUAUGACGUUAUUACGUGCUGUGUUAGGUGAGCGUGGAUGAUCGGGGUAAAGAGCCCACUGUUGGCUAUGGUGUUGAACCUGUUCAGUACAAAGAAAGUUGAUUUUAUUUUGUCUGGAAGAGGAUUUCUAUUGGGAUGGGAGGGGGUUGGAUAUGUAAGUCACAAAGUGUUCCAUGUAUCUCAUAAUUUUUGUAAUGUAUUAAAUUACUUAAUAAUUUUA